AUGAAGUUUAAAUUGUUAGUGUUGUUGGCAGCAUGCCUCGUUAUGUGCGUUCCCCCAGCUCAUUCUAGGGACAUUUCAAGAAUUGCGAGUUCAGCAAUAAAUACAGCGAGAGGGAUUGCUUCGAUUGUACCCCAAAUGGUGAAGGCGAAAGGUUCUGCUGUUGCGAAAGCGGCUGCAGAUAUGGCUUCUAUUGUAACUGUGGGUGCGGGGCUCAAAGUAAAUGCGCUUGGGAGGGCAGCUUCUUCAAUCAAAGAUGCCGUAUCAGAUGGACUCUACGCCUUCAGUGAAGCAUUAACAAAAGGUGCCAACACAAUCACUGGAGACUUUCCAAGCUACAACGAACCAAACCCUACAAUCCGAGUCAGGUCUCCGUAUACCGUACGGUGUGCUGUUGAUCCUUGUAAUCAGAAGGUUGUGGAACUCAAAGUCAGCCCUCCAACGUAUUACCGAUAUGCACCCUCAGUGUUAAAGAUGCUCAGGAACGCUGCCGAAAGGAGAUAUAGACAUGGCAAAUUUCUAAAUUCUCGACACGGUAUUGCUAGAAGAUUGCCAUUUGCUUAUGAGAUCAUCCACACACCACGUGUAUACCGAGGACCUAUGGGAACCUUCCUUGUCCAGAAAAAGUGA